CUGAGGAAAAAAGAAAAAACAUAGUUACAAGAUGGCGACCAGCUACUGCCUGAAGACUGGAAAACAAUAGAGACAGCGCAGCAGGGACGAGUUUAUUCCCUCGCCGUCCGCUUUCUCGUGUCCGUGUCGAGCUCAACCGGACCACACGAGUCGGUUGUGUGUACUUCAAGACUUUUAACGCGCUUUUGAAAGAAAGUGAGUUUAUAAUGCUUUGUUCGAGGGCUAGUUAGCAUUCAGGCUAAGCUACAUCCGUAGCUGUAAUGUAACUGUGAGGAUCAGCUGUUAGCCGCGCUGCUACUUUAAAAGUUACUUUUACUACUAAAACUCGCUUGUAACUCUCCAAGUCGGUGUUUUAUGGCUGAAUGGAUGUAACGUACACGGUUUAAAACAUCAUUUUCUAACCUUUCGUCGAUGGGGUUUUAUCUCAAGUGCGUCUUUUGUCAAACUUAAACUGUGAGGCGAAAAAAAACGUUUAUUUUUAAGUUGUUUAUUUUUUGUUGUUGCGCGAUUUAACGACGUGUUAUGAACAAACAAGCCUAAACGUGAGGUAAAUAUUAUUGUAAAGGGUUUAAAUAGAAACUCCUCAAACUAAAAGAGUCCUUUCAAACUUUCCUCUAAAUUACAUUCACGUCUAGCUGCUAAACAAAUGCAACUUCUAAAAUGAAUAAUUUAUCAGUGUUUGUGAACUCUUUCAUUCAUAAAACCGCGGUUUUAAUUUCAUUCUGUCUUGUGUCAGGACUCUAGACUUGUUUAUACUUCAGUAGUCGUGUAGUUAAAAGCAAACUUUACACGCGUUAUUUCUGAAUAAAAGCGCUCUCGUCUAAACUAUGCGCCGAGUCUUUUGUUGUUUAAGGAGGCAGAUAGUGAAGAUAAUGGAGUCAGUGGAGUGUGUUUUGUAAAGAGACUCUUGCGAACACGAACGGCACGAUCAGUGUGAGAGUUGCUGCCAGUAUCCAGACGCGUUGUGACGCGGAUGAUGGCGGAUUAUGUGGUGCCGCGGCACAACGCGGUGAUGGAGCGGCUGCGGCGGCGCAUCGAGCUCUUCCGCCGGCAUCACACGGGCUGCGAGAGCCGCUACCAGAGCAACGCGGUGGAGCGGCAGGAGAUGGAGCGGCAGCAGACCUUUGCGUUGCACCAGCGGUGCCUGCAGACCAAGGCCAAGCGGUCAAGCAAGCACCGGCAGCCCGCGGCAGCGAGCACGGAGCCCGCGGGGCACCGAGGCACCGGCGCCGGGGGAGGCGCGGAGGAGCCCGGGGAGCAGAGCAGGAACAACACGCUGAUCGCGUUACAGGAGACGGUGAAGAGGAAGUUGGAGAGCGCUGGUUCGCCUCUCGCCCGUGAACCGGUCAACGGCUUCAGCGACGGCUACCCGCCCAAGAAGAAGAGCUGUGUUGAGGACACACUCGGGGCUCGUAACGGGGUCUCGAACGGCACAGUGCCUCCUCUCUCACCAAUGGACACUAAACAUAAUGUGAUGGCCAAUGGGAACCACAGAGCGGAGCACAACGAAGCCGGCAUCGCCGAUAGUGGUGCGUCUCGCGGCUCGGACUCAGAUUUCCGCUUGCUAAAAGAGAUGAAGCAGGAGCCGGUGGACGAUAUAUUACCCUGCAUUCUCCCCUCAGGGGGGACAACCGGGAGCAACAGCCUUUUCCCCGACCUCAACCUGGACGACCAGGACUGGAGUGAGAUCAUGGAGGAGUUUAAUCGCUCCGUACCCUACGAGGACAUACAAGAGCUCUUCAGCGUCAGUUUCGGUGACCGCAAAGACCCGGAGCUCACGUCCGGUGCAGCUCAGAGCUUAAUCCCACCGGAUCUAGCCAACGUAAAGACUGAGUUCUCCCCCGCGUUCGACCAGGAGUCCUGCAACGGUUCCCCUCAGGUGAGACCCACCUCAUCUGGACCUCCACUUCACACCAGCUCUCCUGUGUCGGCUCCGGCCACAUCGCCUGUGCAACAGCCCACCAGACAAAUCCCAAACCACAUGCUCCCCGUCCCGCCUAAAGACCUGUCCCCCGCGCAGCAGCUCCAACAGUUAGCGGCACGCGAACAGCAGAGAGCCAUAUUACAGAGCCAGCAACACGUGGUUCAGAAGCCUCCGCCGCCAACGCAACAAAAACCACAGUCGCAAACGCCGAAAUUCCACCCGCAACCAAACCACUCAACAUCAUGGCCCCAAAAUCCCCCCAACCAAAGUCAGAUGAGUGGGACGUUUAGGCUCGAGAAGCCGACGAGUCCUUCUCUGUACCCGCAAGACUUCCCGAACCCCAAGGCCAUGCUCAUGCCGAACAAGGGCUCUCCUAAAGCGGGCGCUCCGGCCGGCUACAUGCAGCCCAUGCUCAGCCACGCGCCCAACCCCGCGGCCCAGGCGGCCAUGUUGGACUACAGCAACACUAAACCCCUGUCCCAUUACGAGGCGGUGGCGUCCGGGGCUCCCCGGGGUCCUGCGACCGCACAGAGCCAGAGCAAGCAGAGCCAGGCCAUCCUGAACCUGAUGCGGCACCAGCAGAUGCAGAAGCCGAGGCCAGCCGGCAUGAGCUUCAGGCCAGCACACCUACAGCACGCUCCGCAGGACUCGGGCUCGUACCCCUCGAGUGCGCACGUGCCGGGCCCGGGGACCAGCAUGCCUCCGCAGCCCAACAGCACCGGCAUCAGCAGUGUGCCGGCGAGCCACAGUAGCGCGGCCUACAUGAAGCAGAUGCAGAUGCUGAGCCAGCAGCAGAAGCAGCUCCUGCAGAGGCAGAUCAUGGCCGAGGCGCAGGAGAAGCAGCAGCAGCUCCAGAGGCAUCUGACCCGUCCACCGCCCCAGUACCAGGACCAGCAGAACCCGUUCCAGCAGCAGUUCAGCACUGUGCCCUGCCUGGCCCAACAGCACCCCUCGGCCUUCCCCGAACACACACUCUCCGGUCCAUCUCAACCAAUAGGAAAUGUCAACGCUCUGAGUGGUGCCGCCCCCGGGACGCAGCGGAUGUUCUCUCAGACGCAAAGCAUGAUGGGAAUGGGGAACGCAGUCCCGACGCCCGGGCCCUCUCCGGCCGCCAGUCAGGCAGACAUGAGUCUUCAGUCCUGCGCGGGCGGUCUGGACGUGCAGCAAGUGCUCUACGGUAACAUGCCCAUGCACCCCAGCCAGCAGAGGGCGCAAGUGCCCAACAUGUCCAGCGCGUACCGGCAGAGCGUGCUAGCGGCGCAGCAGCAACAGGCACACCUCAAGAGCCAGCCCAACGCUGCCAUGAUGAAGCAGCAGCAGCAGCUAGCACGUCUUCCCAACGCCAUGGCUAAUGCUAUGCCCACCGGUCUCCAGGGUGCCUUGCCCUCUCAAGCCCAGUCCUGGCAAACACAGGCUUCCCAGCAGCACCCAGUUCUCCAGCCCGGCUUCCACAUGCAGGCCAGAUUAGCCAAGCUUCCCAACAACGGCCCGUUCCCUCAGGGGGGCAUGGGCAGCAGCGGGGCGGGUCGCAUGAACCCUGCACAGAUGAUGCCCAAUAUGAACCAACAACGGACAAAUCUGCCCCAACAGCAGACGCCCCAGCAGGGGCAAGUGCCGACCCAACCCCAGCAGGUUCUGCCGGAUCUGGGGCCCUUCAGCCAGACGCAGGCCGGACCCAACCGCACCACGGCUCUCCAGUGCAAUCAGGCCUACCAGCUCAACAGAUCAGCCAAUCAGCAGCUCCAGUUCAGCUACAACAGCCAAUCAGGAGCCGGCUUAUCCGGGUUCCCUGCGGAGACCGAUCUGGUGGACUCGCUGCUGAAGAACCAGUCGACCCAAGAGUGGAUGGACGAUAUAGACGAGCUGUUGGCCAGUCACCAAUGAGGAGAACACGUAAGCGUGAAACGGAUCGCAUCUGCUGUGUUCGUGUUCUCGAUCGAGUGUGUAAAUG